AUGCGGUCAGAAGCUGAGUAUCAUGAAUUAGCAAACAGUGGGCAGGAGACAUUGCAGACCCCGAGCGAUGUGACCUACGAGAAGGGUUCGGGCACGAGGCAAGCCUGCCUGAUUGGCCUGGGCUUCAGCAUCUUGGUUGGAAUCACUUUCUUCGUCCUGGGUUGCGUCGUACCGCACAAAUUCAAUGGCGAAGAUGAUGCCAUAGCAUUCUCGCCAGUAGUUUUGGAGCUGCUCACCCUCGGCAUCGACUUUGCGGUGCUCAUUAUAACGGAGAUCAAUGGCUAUAUACACAGUCUUUCACUGCGGUGGGCACUCUCCCGCGAAGGCAGACUCGACUUCAACAGCAGUCUCCGUCUGCUCACAGUGUCCCAAAAGACGCCUGCAAAUGGACUUCUGGCCAAUAUUGCUUAUUUCAUUACGCUGUCAUUCAGCUACGGAGCUUCAUCUGUCAUUGUCGUUCGCAACACCUAUGUGAUCCAAGCGGAAGAUCUGGGAUCGUCCGCAGAAGAAUGGAAAAAACACAGCCACGAUGCAAACUUCAGCCGUGUUGGACCUUUAAGCUUGGGUAUCGCGAUACUUGUGCAAUGUGCUCUUUCAAUAUGGUGUCUUCAAAGUCAAACGUUCGCCAGUUGGGACUCGAGUCCACUUACAACUCUAGCAGCGACUCGGUCGCGCAGCGAUAGUCUACUUACGCAACCUGAGAUAUCCGAGUCCAGAUCUUCUCCGACCAACGGAAGACGGUCUCCCUACGCUUCACGCCCGAGGAUUCGUCUUGUCCUUGUCCUCGUGACGAUUGUGUUUCUCGCAUUCGUUGUUUGGACGGCUCUGCUCAUUCCGUACGGUAUCCGCAAUCAACCAAAUGGUAAUUGGGCAUUCUUCCCUACCUCGACCAAUGGCAACGAAGUGGAUGAUCCGAAUACAAUGACCAUCUUUCUCAAAUUCUUCAAGGUUCACAACGAGGUGUAUGAAAACCGCCAUGGCGGAUUGGGCCCCGACUACGUUUCCGAAGCUAAUCUCUUCGGGAUAUUAUUACUGUACGUUGUUCUCCAGUCGUUCAUCACCAUUGGUCUCCACAGCGCCGAGCUUCAAAUCCUUAUGCUGCGUGAUGAGUCUUUGUGGCAGAAGUCAGCGUCGGGAUACAUGAGUCGGUCUUUUAGUUCGGUCACGGCACCGCUCCAAUCCCCGCCAAAUGCCGCCUUGCUGCUGUUCAAACCUAUCCUCCAUUGGCUCUUCGCAGUAAGUCUGAGCGUGGAUUAUGCUCAAGGCAUGGCAAUGCGAGCACCACAGACGGCAUACCUCACCGCUGCGUGGGCAGUCUUUGUCCUUUUCACCUACGGACUCAGCUUCUACAGACCAAACGGCGCGCUACCCCAGACAUAUGGACGGUUGGAUACAAUGCGAGACAAGGAGCUAGAACGGCUGGAUAGUGGUCCAACCUGA